AUGCAGCCUCACGCAAGCGGCAUUGCUCAAGAUUUGAUUCUAGUGAAGGAGUUUCAAACUUGUUGUCUCAAGAUGCUCCUUCGUGGCGCUCAGCCGGGGCGUCAUGGAGGUAUCAAGCGGCCCGGUUCUAUCGAGGCCAAUCAAGUGUUGAUGAACGAGGAGGUGAUGGAGAAUUGGGAGUUUCAGGUCAUCAUGGCCACACCAGAUGCCAAGCAGACUCGGGCCAAGAUGAGACAUGUGAGGCAUGGACCCAAGAAGAGGAAGGGAAAAAUAGUCCCGAAAGAGCACACCUUUUUGGAGACCAACACGAUCACUCCACAAAGGUUGACCAGCUACCAGCGAGCAUGGACAGAGUUCAGCCAGUUCUGCAUGAAACAGAAGCUGAGGUUGGUCACACUGAUGGAGUUAGACGCAGCAGCUGCUCACUACUUGGAUCACCUGUUCUUCGAGGGGGAGACAUUGUCCAGCGGCAUGACUCUUCUGGCUGCGAUCAAAUACCAUCGAAGCGAGAUUCCCAAGUUGUCAGUGUUGACCCGGUGCAUGAAGUCUAUGAAAGGGUUCCGACGUCUGGCUCCACCAAAGGCCCGGGUUCCUUGCCCUUUCCCAGUGCUUGCGAUGAUUGCGGCGCACCUGAUGACGGUGAAGAAGGAAGUGAUGGUGGCAGUGUGGCUGAUCCUGACUUGGGCACUUUGCUGCAGGCCAGGCGAGUCCCAGAAGUUGAUGUGGAAGCAGAUAGUGGCACCAACUGCAGAAAAACAAAUCCUGGUCAGUCCUCCUGUCAGCAUCGUCACCUCUCGAGGGAAAGUCCCAGCCAAGCAAGACCGGAGAAAUGGACGAGUCCAUAGUGUUAGACCAUCCGUACCUGAGCUGGUUCAACAAGGUUCUGAAGAAGUUAAAGACCGGGAAGUCUCCCAACAGCCCAAUGUUUUCCUUCAAGACUCAGUACGGCAGUCAGAUGUUCAAAGACGUUGCCGCAGAGCUUGGGUUUCAAAGAAUUGGGAUAAACUGUGUGUAUCAGGUGAGGCAUGGUUCAGCUUCCACCGAUAUGCUGGACAGACACCGCAGCACAGAGGAGCUGAUGAAGCGAGGCCGGUGGAAGAGCCUGAGCUCUCUCCGUCGGUACGAGCAAGGUUUUGUCCUAGGCGUUCAGUUUUCCUUGAGCUCUUCUCUGGGAAGGGCGGCAUUUCUAGGGCAGUUAAGAGACAUCUUGGCAAGUACUUUACUGUUGUCGCGAUCGACAUUGAAAAAGGAUCGCAACAUGACCUCACCAAGACACAUUUGCAGCAGUUUCUCAUUUCACUCAUUAAGCAGGGACUAGUAGCUGGUGUCUGGAUUGGUACUCCAUGUGCCACAUGGUCACGUGCCCGUCGCAAUGGCGGCCGUGGCCCACCACCCUUGCGUAGUGAUGAGUGUGUGUGGGGCCUGCCGGGUCUCAAUGCCAAGGAUUGCGAGCGACUGCAGCUCGGAAAUGCAUUGGCUCGUUUCUCAGUUCGAGUGUUUCGUGUAUGCCUGCAGUAUGAAGUUGCCGUAAGCAUGGUAUUUGUAGUCGUUCCGGUAAUGCCCAUGUCCAGCUCAUUGGCCAAUCCGGAGGUUGGCGCGAACGCAGUUGAGAGUGGCCGUCCCAACGGGCAUUGUCCACUGUCCCAGCUCCGCCGUGACGCUCUAACUUUCGAUGUGGCGCUGCUGUUGGGCUUUCCAGGGCCGCUGGGGGCGCUGCUGAGCGCCGGCCUCGAAACAUGGCGCGGUACGAAUGGGAACGAGGGGAAGCGCUGGAGAUGGGAUGCGGACUGCGUCAUCCAAGCUGUGGACGGCGGCAUGAUGGACGUGGGCCCGGCCGGAUGGACUGCGCGCCCGGAGCCUGCACCCUUGCGAUCCAUUCCGCCGGAGGCGGAGGCCACGGGCCAUCCGCGGCCGCAUUUGCAACGGAAGACCCGGGACGGCUUUUGGGAUGUCUCUAUCAGCACUGAGACCACUCUCCCCACAGCCUUUGAAGAUGGGGUGAUCCAGGUGCCAUUUCCAGUGGAAUCGCAUCAGGGCGGCUGGCUGCGAGUCUCGGAGUUCGAGUAUCUCUGGCUACGGCGCAUUUUUCUCGCUCCGCCGGCGUGGCGUCGUGCCUUGCUACACCUGGAUGGGUGUGACUGGGAAUGCAGUGUCUUUGUGAACGGCCGUCUCUUGGGCGUCCACCGUGGAGCCUACGAUCCCUUCAGCCUGGAGCUGCCGAUGGGAGCGGAGGCCAUGGAGGUUGUGAUCAGAGUCUGGGACCCCUCGGACAGCGGCUGCGAGUACAAAGUCGACGAGCAGCCGCGCUGUGACCGGUGCUGCCAGAGUGGAUGGCAGCCCAGGGGCAAACAAUCCUUGCAGCCAGGAUUUAUCAUGUACUCUGCAGCCACAGGUCCCUGGCAGAGCAUUUGGCUCGAGGAGGUGCCUUUGUCGCCGUGUCUGAUCCGCACGGCCUCUGCACAGCUCCUGGCUCCGGAAGCCACAGCGGAAGCCCACACAGCGGUGGGCUUUGAGGUUGUCCCUCAUGGCAGCUGCGACUCUGGCACGCUCAGGGUGGAUGCAGUAUCCUUAGGAGGGACGGCGCUCCAAGUUGCAGCGCCUUCAGGGCGCCCGGGGUUGUCCACGGUGGUGGCGAUGCCCGUGCAGCUCUGGAGCCCUGAAAGCCCUACGAUGUACACUGCUGAGCUGUCCCUCUGUGAUGAGCACGGCUGCGACAGGGUGACGCAUCACUUUGCCCUGCGGUGGAUCUCGAAAUCCAGUAGCAGAGGGCCUAAGGAGGAAGUGGCAUUGCUGCUGAAUGGAGAACCGGUUCUACAAACUGGGGUACUCGACAUCUCCAGCAUGGGCUGUGGUGCCGGAAAAGUCGGUCCCGGACAAGUCGCCCCGGCCGAUGGCACGGACACUUCACCCAGUCGCAUUGGUCACAGCGGUCCCGAGCUGGAAAGGCAUGCAGACAGGUCCGACAGGUCUCCCUGGGGAAAGUUGAUGGUGGGAUUCUUGAUGGCCAAACUGGAUCGCUUGGUGCAAGAAGCGCUGGCUGGACUGAAGCAAGAUGACUGCGAACUCUUUGCCCAUCAUAUUGAUAGAGAGUUCUCGGAGGAGCACUUGAGGGUCCACCGGCACUUCCUGUCCUCACUGGAGCAGUUGUUGGAAGCCUCACUGGGCGGUUUAGGCAUGGGCCUUUCGGAGGUUGCAGAGCUCUUACAUCAGGAGGCAGAAAGGGAGACGGAGGCGAGAAAUAUCCUCCAGCAACUCCUCCUUUACACCGAGCUCCAUGACUUUGCAUGCGUGAUGCGCCAGCGCUCCUGGGGCAGGGUCAGCGAAGUGCGUGUCUAUUGGGACAUCCAAAAUGUGGGUGGAGAAGCCAUGGAAGGUGACAGUGCCAGGAUGAUUCGGACCUUAAUGACCUUCCUGAAGGAUAACUACAUGCUGAGUGGCAACGUUGACAUGUGGGCCGUGGCCCCUUCCCACUACUAUGCGAGAAAGCAGACGAUGGUGCGCGACCUCAAUGAGUUUGGCAUCACCGUAGUUCACUGCAGUGACAAAGCGGAGAAUGCCGAUCACUUGAUCAAGCAUCGCAUCGAAAAGGACCUGACGCUGAUGGAAAAACUGCAGCUUCCGCCGAGGGAAACGGCCUUCAUCCUAAUCACCUCCGACAAGGACUUCAUGGAUAUCUUGCGGAAGUUGUUCUUUAAUGGCCACAAGACCGUGCUGAUCCACGAUGCGAAGAAAGGAGAGAAGAAGUCGGAACAUGAAGAAAAAGUCACCUUCUUCUCAACAGAAAGUUUCGUCUUUAGUGACAUCGUGAAAUGGGAGCUGGUUCACCACAGAAAUGCCUGGCAGAGCUUGAUGGCAUGGGCGGGGUCCAUGGUUCAGCCCGGGGUCCGGAUCAAACACCUCAAAGAAAAGGUGGAGGAACCAGGACGAGGACGGGCCAAGUGGCGGUGUACGCUGGAAGUGGAAUUUGAUCGGCGCAAUCGCUUGUUUCUCUCGGAAGGCGUGCACCAAGACAACUACAAGUCUGGCGAAGAAGCCGCCAAGAACGCCAUCAAACGCCUGCGCGAUCUUUUCGGGCCUCACGCAGAGGAAGAACUCAUUGAAAAACAGCAGCUGGAGUCCAUGCUGAAGCGAUGA